CCAUUUUAAUUAACUUUUCAUGGUCUCAACAUAAAAUUUUACUGCAUAUAGCAUAUUAAAUGCCACUUCUAUACAACAAUGCUUGAGAAGAGUGUCUCUUUGUGUAAACAAAAUUUUAUUUUAUUAUUCUCUUUGUUAUUCUUUUCUACAAACUGUCAAGACGAUUGCUGGAUUAAGUUUGAUGCGAAAGAGCAUUUUGCAGUUGCAGAUGAAAUUGACGAACGUUACGCUGAAGUGAGACAAAUCUUCCAAGCAGCAGUGGGGGGAAAUAAAUUUGAUAAAAAUAUGCUAGACGCAAUGCUCAAGACGCGUGGUAUAGCUGAGCGUGCUGAACACAAAGCUUUUGUGGACCAAAGUCAGAUCCCUGCCGGUAUAAAUCUCGGAGGCAGCUGUAUGAUGAGAAUUCCUAAUGCUGUUCUAUUUUUCCAUCGCAUGAAGCUGCGUAACAACACGAGGUUCAGAGUUGUCAAACUCGAGAGUAAUCUCACAACUUUAGAAUUGAAAGCCAGACUGAACCUUAAUGACCUUCAUUUGUUAGGUUCCUAUGACAUUAGCCACACACUACAAGAAACAUCACAUCUGUUAUACUAUCCAUCAUUCGGUGAAGUAGAGUUUCUGUUAAAGAACGUAUCAUACGUAGUAGACGGCCACUAUCGUCUGUUAGACAAACGACUGAACUUAGAACUUGUGACAUCCGAAAUUUCUAUGGACGGUAUUAUGAUGACGUAUAAGGGCCGGAAUUCUAGUAACAGCUUCAGUAUGGAAACCAAGAAUAUAGCGUCCUUCACAGAGCGGCUCCAAGUUGAUUUAGAUAAAUGGAUUAGAGACUACUUCAAUGAUUAUCUCGCAUACUUCAUUGUGGCUAAAGACAAUGAAUUUGAAAAAUACAACCAGGAGAAGACAACGGCUCUCAACAAUUAUGCGGACAAAGUAAUAGACAUCAUAAAACAGAAAAUAUAUAAAAUACAAGCUCACGCCGUCCAACUACCGACGUUUACCAUCAAAACUCAAAGUGGCGGGGACAUUCGAUUGAGGGAUGGUGUACUGAGAGGCUUGGACAGUAUCUACCGUCGUUCUAUAGCCACUGGCUCUAAAGAGAAUAACCUAAGACAUGUCGACGCCGUUGUGGGAUUCAGCAACUUGAAAUUACAAUAUAGAUACGACACUAUCUCUCAGUCGGGUUCACCUUCCGUCACCGGAGUGUUGACCCUCACAGCUGAUGAUUUAACAGCACUCAUGGAAUUGAAAUUAAUAAGGGAAUCUGAAUCCUCGGACAUCAGUUUCAGAUACCUCGAACAGACCAAGCCCGAGACCCUGACAGUGGAAGGUUCAGCUAAUAGGAUGAUUUCCAACUUCAAGUAUGUCCUCGAGCGUCACGUCAUCGCUCUCAUGACGAACACCCUGAUGCACAAUAUUAAUAUGCUCGGCACGUUGGACAAAUGCGUUCCAACAUUCGCGGCGUAUAAAGACCCAACCGAAAAACAGACGGAUGAUGAUAAUCCUUCAGAAGAAAAUAAAAUUUUCAACCCUGAUGAGACCAGUGAGAAGACACAAACAAACGAAAACUACGAUCGAGAUAAUAAUACAGUAAAUAAUAAAGCUCAAAAAUUAAAGAAUUCAGCAGAUUAUGAAGAUAAAGAAAACGGUGAAGGAAAAUCAGAGGAACAAAGUGCUCAACGGGACAUCGAUAUUUCUGUACAUGUGGAAUAUUCACGAAAUGACCAUCAAUAUAAAAGGCCUCGAUCAACUACUAAAAAGAGACCCAAGAAGCCAAAACUAAGAAGAAAUAAACGUCUAAACAAAAAGAAAUAUGUGCAACCGUCGUUCAAACAAGAAAUGACGAAAUAAAAUGCUUUAAAAAUUGUUUUCCAUUAA